AUGUCGAAACGGGUCACAGUUAAAAUAGAAUACUCCAGGAACACAUUCUUCGAGAAACUUUUGAAGCUGCAACAUCAAGAACAAGAAGACCGAAAACUGAAGUAUGUGUUGCACAAAGCUCACGAAAAUUUGAAAAAGUGUCCGUUCGAAAUUCAGAAUAUUGUUGACCUAAAAAAUGUACAAGGAAUCGGGGAGAACAUUGCAUCGAAAUUGGAAGAAACAUGGAAUGUAGCUUGUCGAGAACACAAAGAGCAAACACUGACUCUCAAAAAAAUCAAAAAGUUCACAUCAGAAGAUUAUAAAAGAUUUCAAAACAAUCGAAAAUCGACAACUGAACUUAUGAAAGAGGCUAAACGACAGGAAAAACAACAAAAAUCGUCUUCCUCGAAGGUUGUUGACGAUGAUGAGUUUGUGUCGGAUGGAGAAGAUGAUGGAGAUCAGAAUAUUCUUACAAAAAGAACGAAGACAACAAGUUUGCAAAUUUCUCGCUCUUCUAGCUUCAAACGUCCUACAAGUGUCAAUGCUUCAUUACCUUCCAAUAGUGGUUCAGUUCCAUCUUCUAGCUCGGAUCCUCUAUCUUUUCGUGUUCUCACAUGCAAACCCUUCGAGCAACCUACAGUAUACUUAAUUGCUGAUAACCGUGAACAUCGCAACAAUCCUCGUAUCAAAUCCGUGAUUGAACAUCUGAUCAAAAAAGAAGAUAUUCGUGUAGAUAUUCGAUCACUUUCCGUCGGUGACUACAUUUGGGUGUGUAGAAAAAUAGAUGGGUCAGAAAUUGUGUUGGAUUGGGUAGUGGAACGCAAAACUUGGGAUGACUUACAAUCGAGCAUUCGAGGAGGAAGAUAUGAUGAACAGAAAGCAAGAUUAGGCAUGGCACCGAUGAAGAAUCGAGUAUAUUUAAUCGAGGCUCCGAAUAGAGGAGACGUGGCAUGCGAGCAGGCCGUAGCAUCCACACUUUCCAAUGGAGGAUAUCUAAUUCAAAGGUGUGCAGAUACGCGGGAUACUGCUGCAUUUUUGAAAGAAGUAACUGUUCGUCUUCAAAAUAAAGCGGCUGUUGAGGAGAUUUCCGGUGUUCCAUUCAGUCAACUUCAGAAUCUGCUACAGAAAAAGAAAGCGGAAACAGUGAAAGAUGCAUGGACCAGGCAAUUGAUGGUUUGUCCAGGAAUGUCUCAAUCUCGAGCAGAAGCAAUUGCUGAUCGUUUCCCUUCCAUGCCAGCUCUUUUGAAGUUUUUCCGAGCAAAUGGGGAUGAUGCGCCGAUUCGACUGCUACACAUUUUACCACAAUUAACUCGUCCGAUAACUCGAAACUUAUUCAAAUUUUUCAUUCAAUGA